ACACCCAACACCCAAAGCGAAACGUCAUUCAGUGUUCUGUUUACGUUUGUCCAGUUCGCGAGUAAUUUCUAAGCAAAAAUCUACUAAAUUAGUGCAAAAAUAUGAAACGAUCUGCAAAACUACUAAUUUGGACCGUUAUUUAGCUACGCAAAUUUCCUGGGUAAGCACCGAAAAUGCUCCCCCAGUAUGAACGACUCGUGGACCCUGGGUCUCCCGGUGGUUCGGAAUCGUCUCCGGGCCGGAGCGCAGUUCGAGUUCGCUUCGGUAAAUUGGCUGUGAUUACGGUAAUGUUCCCGGUGGUAGGAUUCCUAUUUUGCGUGGUGUGGUCGCUACUGUACAACUUUGACCAGGCCAACGCCACCCACUGUAUGGUGUACAACUUCCUGCCGUCGCUGUCGGCCGCCAUCGGGAAUUACCAACCGCAGCGGUUCGUAUGGCAGGCCUCGGUUCUGGUGCACGCCCUCCCUCGGUAUGCCAUAGCGUUCCUGUACAAGAACUUCCACAUCGGACUGUUGCGGAAGCGACGGAAGGAGCUGGCAUAUCUGGCGUGCAUGUUGAACAUCACUGAGCUUAGUUCCCUGGUUGGGCUGACCAUGUGGACUUCGGUAUCCAACUACGAUGUGCAUAAGUUCUGCUUUAGCACUUUUGUGGUGACCUCGAUGCUCUACAUGCUGGUGCUGAUCAUCAUAAAUAGGGUGACCCGCGAGGGCGAUCUCCUGACUGCGUCCGAGCGCAAGUCAAUUAUGUACAAGAAAAGACUGUUCGUAGCCAAUCUCUGUUCGAUACUGCUGGCGGUUUACUUUUUUGUACGACACAACUCGUACUGCGAACCGGGAGUAUAUUCCCUAUUCGCUCUGAGCGAGUACGUGUUCGUCUACAGUAACAUUGGCUUCCACAUGACGGCCUAUUGGGACUUUAUCAGUGCCAACCUGUUCUUCGAUUGGAAAAACGGAAUCCACUUUUCGGCCGUCUGAUAAUACCAGAGCACUGAGCGCACUGACUAUUCACAUUUACGCGCUAUUAGCACGAUACUUAUUCACAUUUUUUAUAUCGGUAUUUUUGGUCACGUCUUUGCACUGACUGCUUGUGAUGAAA